AAACUUUUAAGAUCCUAUAAUCUCCUAACCGGGUUUUACAGACAGGGUCACAUUUAUCAGAAAGAGGAUCUACUUUCUUGACCACUUGUUUUCCAGCCUGGAUAUUGCAAACAGCUCCCUACAGAGGUGGCGCUGAUGCUAAAAUUAAUAGAAGCUCCUGAAUGCCCUUAUGUCAUAAAAAUGUAUGACUGAUACGAGGAAUGCACCUGGGUCAUGCUUGUCCUCGAGUACCAAAGGGACUGGAAGGACUUGUAUUCUUAUAUCGAUAAGAAGGGAAUGAAGGAAGACAAAGCUCGCCACCUUAUGCUUCAAUUAGUAAGAGCAGUUCAACACUGCUUGAAGCAAGAGGUGCUUCACAAUGAUAUCCAUUCUCAAAACAUCAUGGUGGAUGAAAGUGGUUUGCACCUGAAGUUAACAAACUUUAGGAUGGGUCGUCUAGUCAAAAGCACUGGCUUUUUAAUAACAUAGUGGAGCAUGGAAACUUGCUUUUAGUGACAUCAUGAUUAUGUGACCCUGUUACAAAAUUACUCAACACAAUGUUUUGCUUACAGGAGCUAAAUGUUGCAUUCCACCUGAGGCCUUAACGCGGUUACAAUACUUGGCCAUGCCAGCAACCGUCUGGGCAUUAGGUGUGGUGUUCUAUGAGAUGGUGCACGGAUUUCCACCCUUGCAACGAUUAGGCGUAGUUAGGAUUACGGGACGCAAUUUAACCAUGAAUGUCCGUGAUCUCAUUCGACGGUACCUGUACAUGAAUCCAGAUCAACGACUAACAAUCGAUAAGAUUUUAGCACACGACUGGUUUAAGUGCAUCAUAACACAUGUUCCGGCGACCCCAACAGUUUUAAAUUAUCUUGUGCCAAAAGGUUCUGAAUCUUUUAAUGCUGAAUACGAGUAUAAAACGAGUAAAGAUUAUUUUCUUGGGAAAGGUGCCUAUGGCAGGGUCUAUAGAGGAACCCGUAAAGGUGAUGGCAAAUUGGUCGCCAUCAAGCGUGUGAGGCUACGUGAGGAAGAAAGAUGUAUUUGUUAUGCUUUCAGCCUGGAUUUUCCAGACCACUUGUUACAGAGGUGGCCUUAAUGUUGAAGUUAAAAGAAGCUCCUGAAUGCCCCUAUGUUAUAAGAAUAAUUGACUGGUAUGAGGAACGCAAUUACCUCAUGUUUGUUACUGUGUACCUAGACGAAUGGAUGCCCUUGCGUAAUUACAUCUCUACACCUGGAAAACUGCCGGAAGAUAAAGCUCGCAGGCUUAUGCUUCAGUUAGUGAAAGUAGUUGAACAUUGCAUAAAGCACGGGGUGUUUCACAAUGACAUCCAUUUUGGAAACAUCUUGGUGGACAGUGAAGGUGUACAACUGAAGUUAAUUGACUUUGGGAUUGGCCGUCUAAUCAAUGACGCUGUAUACAAAUCCAAAGGACAUAAAGGAGUACCUGAGAAAUAUUCUGAGUUCAUACACAGGGUCAUGCCAAAAAAACGUCUUGGACUUAGGUUCUGUGCUAUAUAAGAUGCUGCACGGAAAAAAGCCCCCUCUUUGGACCCCAAUUAUGGACCCCACUUUAACCAAGAGAAAAGACUUUUGGAUUUACGAAUCGGUGUUAAAGCCUCCAGUCAGUUCGAGCAAUCCUUCUUCAAAGGAUUCCUCAGAUCUGGCCAGUCAGUCGAAGGUGGUUAAAGGUGGUCCAGAAGAACCAACAUCAUUAAUUGAAGAUUAUCUCCGGAGAAAAAAAGAUGUGGAGCACCAUGUGAUGCUUCCAAACAGAGCAGAUCAGGCACAUCCUGAUGCCACGGAUAAAGCCAGUCUGCCUAUUUCCAAGACUCGUGUGAGUCUUGAAGGAACCGACAUGCAUGUCAGGCAAUCUAAAUAUCCGAUGCCGUAUAUGGCCAAAAAUCCAGCAGAUAAAGUGUCCAAAAUUCUUGGGCCUGAAAGUGCUGGUCAGAGACAGAAAAAAAACGGGUAAACCAAGCCCCAAAUGUCUUCUGCCAAAAGGUCCUGGUAAGAAAACAAAAUUGACUGUACUCUCUAAAGCAAUGUUUUUUUUCCAUUUCAUUGUUUAUUAUUUCUCUUGUUGUACCUCUGCCUGUAGCUAUCGUAUUAAGUCUAUCAGCGUGUAUUUGAUCCCUUUUCUACUCUGUGAAUAUGUAACCUCAUACAUUUUAUUAUUGUGUGUGUGCUUCAGAAUCUUUUAAUGCUGAUUGUAAGCUUCAUGAUCAGGACGGCAUCAAUAGCAAUGUUUUCACAGGAAUCCGCACAGCU